AUGGCGCGCAAGAAAUCACGUGUAACACCUCGGGAUGAAUUUAAUAAGAACACUUCUCAUCAUAGGAGUUUCCCGAGUUCUAGAAAGCGAAAUUAUUGGACCAGCGGUCACGAAUACCUAAGCGAAGGAAGAAACGGGAGAAAAGAGCAGUCGCCCUUCGGUUUUCCUUCCUGCUCGCAGACCUUAGCUCAUCUUCAAUGGUGGAAGGCGUGGAAGAAUAAAAUAAUCACCGAACGUAGUAAAAAGAUCUCCAAGAAACAGUAUAAAUACGAGCCUUUGCGCACUAACGAUAUUCUGGAAAGAUUACGUAUAGAAACGGAGGAGGCGAAAAAGCACAAGGAUUCGGGCAAAGCAAUCGCCAUCACGGAUGUGGAUUCGCAAUACUUUACAGAAUUAUCCGGCAGACCUGUGAAGGAAAAGUUUUCAUUAGACGAAUACAUCCAGGACAUGCGAGACGUGUUGAAAACAAAGCUCCUGAUCGGCCAAAAGAAAGACGAUUGCAUCCGCAUCGAUCAGCAAUUCGAGCACGAAUCGCGUCGACUACAGAAUAUUCAGCAUCGCGCUCGACGUUACGUGAGCGGCUUCGAGGAAUUCCUAUCGAAAGAUCACAAGAAGAGUGUAGAUAUGCUGGAGAAAGCGGCGGAGGAGACGAAGUUAACGGAGGAGACUAGUGCUCGGAGAAAUGAGCUCGCGAAGAAAUUUGGCCAGAUCAGGCUGGACGUUUAUUUUUGGGAAGAAAAUUGGAAAAUGGUGAAAAUGUGCCAAAUGUUUCUUUAUCGGGUCUCGCCUCUCGCUUGGAGAGUCAAGUACGACAGGAUUUACAAAUCCGAAUCGACAAAGAGCAUCGAUUCCUUUGACAGAGUGGACAUGUUCGGCAGAUAUAAAGCACCGGACGAAAGCGCCUCUUUAGAGGACUUAAUAGAAUUAUUCGAGCAGGACAUCGCCGACGCCGGGCCCGCCGAGCUCUACUUCACCAAUCCUUUCGAUUUGAUGCUCGUUUUCCGAGCGAUGGAAACGCAAAACUUGAACGCGCUGAUACACCUCGAGUCGCUCGCCGCGCCGAUAACGGAUAUGACUACAACCAUUACCGCGACCGAGGCGGAAAUCAAGCAGGAAAUUAGCGAGAUCAGUUCGACAAUCGACGAUUUGGAGAAUUCCAUUGCCAAAACGGAGGACAGAGCGGCGGAGCUCGAGGAGUACGCCAAUUACCUUCUGCGAGGUAUUUUCCAGCAGCUCGUCUGCUCCGAGGAGGUGCUUCACCUGCGCGUUUUCGUGGAGGAUACUUACGAGAGCUGCGUGGGUCCGAACGACGCGAAUCUCGACAGCUUCACUAUGAUGAAGUGGAUCGAAAGAACUCACGAGGAGCUCAAUCUCCAGUUGGACAACCUGCCCCGCGAUAUUGUGCGCGCUUGUGAGAGGGAAGGAUUCAGGCAAGAGACGAAGGCCAUAAGGGACGCGGAGGACGCCGCGAGGAAGUUUGAGCUGAUGCAUCGGCUGUUGGACGCGCUGAAGCGCAUCAUGGAGCCGCCUGCGAGGAAAAGGCGACCACUGAUUCGACGCUCGGCGCCUGUAGUGGCCAAGAUAAAGCCACCGCCGGUCGCGCUGAAGCCGACGACCGAGGAGGCUCAGUAUCUCGCCUUCUUCACCGAUUACUGCAGGCGCGACGACUUCGUCGCGUAUCGCGCCAGGUUCCCCGACGACUUCGAUCUGACGUUCCGCCGGAAGCGCGACGACGUCGAGACCGAGAUGUCGAACGGCGUGUCCGCGAGUGUUGGAGGAGAAGCAGGGGGGAUAAAGUAGAAGCGUAUCAUUGAAAACGUAACGGAAUCAGCGGAUUUAUUUGAAAAUUCCCCGUGUGUUUAUAUCCGAAAGGAUCGUAUCAGUCUAACGCACUAACGCGUCGUCAAUUACUUAGCUAGCACUAUUAAUAAUAUGUAUACAUAAAUAGGCGAUUUUAACGAUCGAUUGAAGCGCGAGAUAAAAUAUUAAAAGAUAAUAAAACACAACAAGGGACAAAUAUAGUGUACAAUAGAAUUUGGAACGACAGUCGAUAUAAAAAACAACAACCAUGCUUGACAGCGAUCUCUUUUGGCUACUUAAGCGCCGGUUCACGCGUUCUCUCAUUACAAACCCUUACAGGAAGGUCACGAUAUACGCUCCAUUUCCGAAUAUUUCUUUACACGAGCAACUUUUUUUUUUCUUUACAAAAUAUUCUGCUAGAGAUUAAUCGACAAUUAUUUCACAAAACACUGCCAGUGACGAGUAACUUAUCGGCGUGAAACAACUAUUAAUAAAAACGAUAGGAACUCGGGAACUUUGAAAACAUGUAGCAGCGUUUUUCGAUGAGCAAAACUGUAAUCGCAAAAUGCACAAAAAUCCCCGGCACUUUUGGAUUAAUUCUACAAGGAACGAAAUUAAAUUACCCAAAAAAUUGCACACCGCACCGAAUCUUACAAUAAUAAUUGCACUUCCUUAACAAUAAACGUUUCCUUCGCACCUCCACGCGUAACGAAAAAUAUAAUGAUUUCUAAAGAAACGUGAAACUCGUUAGAAAAUCAACAAUCGAUUACUCUCCCGUGUAAUUAGGAUGCGUCGCCGCUUCGUAUUAAAAAAAUAUGGCAGCGGUUGACCGUUGCAGCAAUAAUAACGGCGGUCGCUAAUAUCGCUAGAUGAUUUAUGAUAAUUGCCAAGAAGACUUUUCGACGUUGACCGACUUCGUUGCUCGUGUUUAAUGCACCUGAACAUCUUAAAGUUUGUGAAAUUACAGCUUUCCCGUAUUUACAAUUAUUUACUUACAUUUACACCAUCCACUUUCACAUCCAACGUUUUUCCCCGCAACGAUAGAAUUUCCUUAAUCGACUAGCAUCGUUACAUGUUUACAUUUACCAUCAUUUAUAAUCAUUACAUUGUUGCAUACAAAAUAAAUCGCGCCUAAACUCAACCGCGCUGCGUGCAUUCUCUUCUCCGGAAACAUUUUCCUUUUAUAUGCUCACAUAUUAUGCCGAUCUCAUUCAAUGAUAAGUUAGUGCCUUUUUACGAGUUUAGCGAAGAUGUUCGUCGAUAUUUCAAAUCACUCCAAUGAUAUUUUCUCUGCGUUGCAUUGUCUGAACGAUAAAUAAAAUAAAUAACACGAAUACAAUGCAUAUU